CACCAACUUUCUGCUACCCGCUUUUCCUUCAGUCACAGUAGUGCCUCUAGUUGUCUCCAUUGAAACCAACUGUUAUCCGUUCAUCACCGAGAAACAGCCGAAAAUGCCCUCUUCUCAAGACUCGGGAGUGACUGGCGCCGCCAAAUUCGUCACUUCGACUCUGGGCAACACGGUCGGUGGGGUCUCUCGCACCGUCGGCGGGGUGACGGGGGCCGCCGGGCGAGGCGUCGGCGACACCAUUACGGGGGCGACGGGAAGUGCAGGCAAGCCCGUCGGGGAUGCGCUGGGCAGCGUGGGGACCGGAGUGGAGGACGGAGCUCGGAGGAUUGCACGGGGAAUCGAGGAUGCGGGCCAGUGGAAAUGAACGAGGAGUGAACAAGGAGGAGUUGAUUGUUGUUGACGACAUUGGAUUAUGGAUACUGUUCGGUCGGCAGGCGGUGUACCACGUGCUGCGUUCUUGUCUUCUGUCGUGUAAUGCCUUCUUACUUAUGCUUUAAUGGACUUUGAAUGCAC